AUGGCAGACAGUAUUCGCACCGCAAAGAAGUCGAAAUUCUCGGGCGGCUUCGUCACUGUUGCGGCCGGGACUGGAGACGAACGACAAGAGUUCCACGUGCACGAGGAUGUCAUCAAGGAGCAGUCGCAAUACUUUCGCAAGGCGUUUGAUGCGAAGUGCCAGGAGGGCAAGACUCGUGUCAUCGAGUUGCCAGAGGAUGAGGCCGCCAUAGUUGCAUGCUACGUGGACUGGUUCUACAGCCACAGCAUCUCAAUCCCCUCCAUCAUAGACCUCCCCAUACUGUCCGACAAAAGCAUCAUCAUCAACCACCUCCUACGCCUCUACAUCUUCGGCGAGAAAAUCCAAGACGACGCUUUCUGCAACGAAGCCCUCUGCGCCUCCAUGCGCCUCUCCGACGAGAAAGACGAGGAAGGAGCCCGCUGGUUCCCCACCAAGGAGGACGUCGCCAUCAUCUACGACGGGACCCCCGAGGGGUCCCCGGCGAGGCAACUCAUGGUGUAUCUGCACGUGCGUUAUGGCAGUUCGAGUUGGAUUGCUAAGCAGUACGAGGAGAACCAUCCGCAGUUUCUUGUGGAUCUUUGUAAGGCGCUGUUGGGGAAGGUGCAGGAGUUGGAUCGGGAGGAUAGUUAUGUUGGGUCGCUGUAUGAUAUGCGGCAUACGUGGAUGAAGAGGUGUAAGAAGUGA